AUAAAAUUGUGUAUGCUCACUGAGGGUCCUUAACUGGUGAAUAAAUAAAUAAAUGCAUCUCCUUUUAAAUGUUUUUAACAUUUACUUGUCUGUCCAUACUUUUGUAUCCACAAAUAAAUGUUUACAAUUGUACCCUGAAAUCCCUUGUAACACCCAUCCCCUUCACUGUUUUUCUUUUCUUUUUUUUUUUUUUUUUUUUUUUACAAGUUUAUGAAUUCUGUGCAAAAUGUGGAUUGAAAUGUCCCAAGUCAAGACCAAUCAACGCUGCAUACCAGCGGCUAAUCGCAGAGUGUCUUUCUGAACCGCUUAACCAAUGACAAGUGUCGUAAGAUAUGAGAGCGCCGAUUUCAAUUUGCUUAUAAACUCUAGUGUUUCCGAUCGGGCAGUUAAUUCUAUCCGAAUAAUUGGAGAAGAUGGCACGUACAAAGCAGACCGCAAGAAAAUCUACUGGAGGCAAAGCCCCACGAAAACAGUUGGCUACUAAGGCCGCCCGUAAGAGCGCCCCAGCCACCGGUGGCGUCAAGAAGCCCCACAGAUACAGGCCAGGAACUGUCGCUCUUCGUGAGAUCAGACGGUACCAGAAAAGCACUGAGCUUCUCAUCAGGAAACUCCCAUUCCAGCGUCUGGUCCGUGAAAUUGCACAGGACUUCAAGACCGAUCUGCGUUUCCAGAGCUCUGCCGUUAUGGCCCUUCAGGAAGCUAGCGAGGCCUACCUUGUAGGACUUUUUGAGGAUACCAACUUGUGCGCUAUCCACGCCAAGAGGGUGACCAUCAUGCCCAAGGAUAUCCAGCUUGCCAGACGUAUCCGUGGCGAGCGAGCUUAAUUUCACUCGUGUGACACUCAAACAAACGGCCGUUUUCACGGCCACCUAAUUCUUUCGAAAAGAUGCCUUCAUAUUGCUCUUGAUCAAGAAACUUGUGAAUAAAGUAUGACUGAAUGACAUGCAUAACCCUACAUCCACAAACUACUUGACCCAAGUCUGGUAAAUUUCUGUAAAAUAAGAAAAGUAAUGAAACUACAUUGUUGUAAAUCCUGCGAAUGUGAACACGUACAGCUAUACUGUCAAAACAGUAGUAUACAUUGCAGAGCAUCAAUUGUAUAGAUGACAACAAAUGCACAUUGAAAAUCCUUGUCAGCAGGAAAGUACACAACAAACCCAGAGAAUAGCUGUUAAGAACGCAUACUUAGAGACAUCGGUAGCCUGUAGUACACACUAAAACAACCUACCUUAAUUCUAGAAGGGUCAGAUACUACGGUAUUUCAUUCAACCAACUCGGGGCUUUUGAGGGCAUGUAAAGCAUGCAUUAAUAAGAGAAAGGGGUUCAAAUAAUAGCUAGCAUCAAUAGCGCACGGAGAAAAUCUAUAACAACAACAAAAUAUAUCAAUAAAAACCCAGAUGUAGAAAUAUGUAGACGUUAGGGGGGUCAUGAUUAUUCUGAGAGGUCAAUGAAAUCUUCACUUCGUAUUACAUUCUUGCGUAUAUAAUCACAGAACAUCGUAUAUUUCAUUAUGUUAAUUCAAAUCUUGUCUGAAAUCAGUAUUACACGUGUAACACCGUGUUAAAUGUGUGCAGUGCAGAAAUGUGAACUCUGACAGUAAUAAUAUAUCUCCAGGAUUGUUAUUUAUUUAUAUUGUUGUAAUUAAUUACUAGUUAAUCUGUACACCCCCACCCCCUUGGGGGCCCUUAAUUGAUGAAUUAACAUAUGUCAUAACAUUUUAUAUCAGGAGACCAUACAUACAGUCUAACAAAGGGCUUGAAUUUCUUUUUCAACUUGCACAGAUAUAAUAUUUCUUAUUUUCAACAUGUUGAGUAGAAAUUUGCUUAGCUUGAUUAAUAAUGGAUUAUCUUAAUUAUUUACCUUUUCUCUCCCUUUUUUGGGGGGUCUUUUGGAUAUAGUAUAGUAGACUUUCACAGUUGUGAGCCAUGUUUUCAUAUUAAUUACCCUAAUAAAAACAAAUGCUAUUGUUGUGUGUUAAUUAAAAGGAAAACAAAACGAUGAUUUAAAAAAAAACCAGAACAGAAACUAAGCUAGGAAAUCUCAAAUGUGUGCGCAGAUAAAAUAUUAUAUUGCUAUCAAAAUAAAUAAAUACUUGUAUACUAGUAUACUAUGCAAGAGAAAUGUAAACAAACACAGGUAGGCGCGUUUAGCGAGAACCAAUCAAGAUGUAGCUAACAGCGCUUCUUCGGACACAACAAUCGACUAGCCGAAGUUUCAAGGUAUUAUGCGCUCUAACGGGUCGUCAAUUAGGGCUAUAUAAACCAGCAAAUUUCUCCAUUUGUCACGUCAUUCAGCACUUGUCUAUUGAUCAGCAAUCAUGUCAGGAAGAGGCAAAGGAGGAAAAGGUCUUGGAAAGGGGGGCGCCAAGCGUCACAGGAAAGUCCUUAGAGAUAACAUCCAGGGUAUUACCAAGCCCGCCAUCCGUCGUCUUGCACGUAGAGGUGGAGUCAAACGUAUCUCUGGACUCAUUUACGAGGAGACCCGUGGUGUAUUGAAAGUUUUCCUUGAGAACGUGAUUCGUGAUGCUGUCACCUACACCGAGCACGCCAAGAGAAAGACAGUCACAGCCAUGGAUGUUGUCUACGCCCUCAAGAGACAGGGACGCACCCUUUACGGAUUCGGUGGUUAGAUACUCUUAUCACCGUUUGUGCAUCC